AUGAGCGAUAUUUCAAAUUGUGACCAAAACAACAGCAUAUAUGGUUUGUCGAAUACUGAACUGUGCCCAUUGGCUGAGCUUGGUUGCACAAAAGAUCAAAAGGCAGCAACAAUUGAAAAACAUUUUACUACAGAAGAACAUCAAAAACGUCUUGUGAUAUUGGCACAAAAUAUUAUCGAAAACAAGACGAGUAACUCAAAUCACGAUAGUAACACAAAUGGCACAACAGAAAACCUUUACAAGACACAUGAAAACAUUUCAAAAAAUGUAGAAAGGCUUGAGACACUCAAAGAUCAACUUCUUCAUUUGAGUUCAACUAUACUUCAAACCCAGAAUCUAUUAAAAUCGUUUCCAACAGAGAUAGAUGACACAAAACAAAACAAUGAGAUACAAAGAAAUGAAAUUAAUGUUAUGGGUAUUAAUGAACAAGUUUUAGAAUCUGAGGCUAACAUUCUUAAACAACAAGUUGAAUAUAGAAAUCAAUUAGCAAAAUCUCAUAUAUUAGAUGGCAGUAUGAUUUGGAGAAUAGAAAAUGUUCUCGAAAAAAUGUACGAUGCACAAUCUGAACGUCAAACAAGUAUUUAUUCACCGGUAUUCUUUACUUCUGAGUCUGGGUAUAAAUUAUGUGUCCGACUGUAUCUUAAUGGUGAUGGUAGUGCACGCGGAACCCAUGUAUCUAUUUUUCUGAUUAUUCUUCGUGGUCCAUACGAUGCACUCUUACAAUGGCCAUUUUCCUAUCGAGUAUCGUUUUGUCUCUAUGAUCAACAAACUAUAAUGGAAUCAGGUGAACUAAAACAGGCUAAACAUAUUAUUGAAUCAUUCCGACCGGAUACAAAAAGUUUAAGCUUUCAGCGACCAUCUCUUUCAAUGAAUAUUGCAUCAGGAAUUCCAAAAUUUAUUUCUUUAGAUGAGUUUAAUGUGCCAGCACCACUAAAUCGAUAUGUCAUUAAUGAUACCAUGUUCAUUAAAGUUUUGAUAGAUUUCAUCGGAGUACCAAGAUCGAUGAGUGCAUUUAUUUUUAGUCUUAAUUGUGCUUUACCUAAAGAAAUACAACGAAAACUAGUUGAUGAAGAAAUCAAACGUCGUGCAGAGCAAGUUGCUAGUUAA